AUGGCGGUUCAAAAAGACAGGGUGAGGUUUAACGUUGGUGGUAAGAUCUUCGAAACCACCGCCACAACCCUAGCAAUCGCCGGCCGGGAAUCUUACUUCGGAGCCAUGUUUGAUGAAAACUGGGACCUUCAAAUCAAUCCCGCCGGCGAACACUUCAUUGAUCGGAACCCAGAUUGUUUUUCAAUCCUCUUAGACUUAUUACGAACAGGCGAGCUUUACAUUCCACCAAACCUACCGGAAAAACUCCUCUAUCGAGAAGCCUUGUUUUACGGCCUCAUGGACCACGUCCGGUCAGCGAAAUGGGGGCAGUUCGACGGCAACCGUCUUCAGCCGUCAAAAUCCGUCACCGGCCGAGCACCAGGCGAUGGAACAGCGAUCCGAGCGUCUUCCGACGGCGGCUGUUGUGUCGCCCAUGGAAGCAUGGUCCACAUUUACGAUUGGAUGUUAGAAGAACAUCCUCCAAUCAACCUCGAUUACCAACGGGUCAAUGACGCGGGUUGGGUCGGGCCGGUUGACCCAACCGGGCUCGUGAUCAGCACGUGCGAACGGCUCGGCCGUGGUCAAGGCGGAAUGGGGUUGUUCAAUUCAACAACCGGAGAAUUACGAUACAAAUUCAACGUCACACACGACGGCGUCGCCAAAAGUUACACCGCAGGUGCGUUGAGUUUUUCCGAUGAUUGUAAGUUAUUCUCAAGUUGUAAAGGCCGAAGUAACGAAUACGGAAUCGGCGUUUGGGAUCAAACCACCGGUCAACAAGUCGAUUUCUUCUACGAACCACAAGGGUGGUCGCUCGGAGACGCCGAUAAGCUCCAAUGGCUAAACGGGUCCAACUGUUUAUUAGUCGCCACUUUGUUCCCCAGAAAAGACAAUUGUUACAUUAGUCUGCUAGACUUCCGGUCAAAAUCCAUGGUCUGGUCAUGGUCCGACAUGUGGUCUCCGGUGAACAGCGACGACCGGCGCGUCCGUGACGCCAUAGCCAUGGAAGAAAACAGCUCGAUUUGUGUUGUGAAUGAGUUUGAAGAUUUAGGGUUUAUGGAUUUGAGACGUGACGCUGGUUCAGUUCGAUGGAGUUCAAGGUCUCGAUUAAUGAAAGGGAAAAUGCCCGACGAGCCAUGUUACCCUAAAUUAGCUUUGCACGAUGGACAACUGUUUUCCUCCAUGAAUGAUUGCAUCUCGGUGUUUUGUGGGUCUGAUUGGGUUCUUACUUCGAGGCUUCGAAGGAGUUUUGGUGGGUCGAUUUGUGAUUUUUCAAUUGGGGGUGAUCGUCUUUUUGCUCUUCAUAGUGAAGAAAAUGUGUUUGAUAUUUGGGAAACUCCACCACCACCCAUUGUGUGA